AUGCCUAGGUUGAACAAGGAAUUAAACUUUCAAGGUCUGGUGCCAUCACCACCACCGUCCCCUGAAUCUCUGAGCCCAUCACCCUGGUGUGCUCCAAUAGAAAAUGAUGUGUUCCUCUCCGAUGCGGCUGUGGCCCUACCCGAACCCGAGGCUAUGGUUGUGACGGCACCCGAGGCCAUUGUCCUACCUGGACCCGAGGAACCAAGACCUGUGCGAGUCACUGAUUAUGAUUACAUAUCCAUAUACUGUAUGGUUCUGACGACUUUGUCAGGGAGUUCAACAAGCUCCUGGAAGAAGAGUACCAACCAGGAGCUGUGCCGGAGCCUGAAGCUUGCCACGAGAACAAAGCUCCUCAAGGAUUUGAGGUGA